CCAACACACACACCCUGUCCCCUUCCUCCUCGCCUCUCCCCCAGGCUAGUUGCGUUUAGCUCACAGGGCUUGGGCUACGAUUUGCAAGAGUUUUUAGGGAGCAAAGAACUGAGUGACUCUGGGGAUGCUCACGCUCGACACCCGCCCCAGCACCUAGGACCUCUGGGCUGGGAUGCAGCUGGGGGUCUAGGGACGUACUUCCAACCUCCUCUCCUUAGCUCUGGCUGGGUGAUUUCCCAGCACCCUCGAGACAUUCAUGGUUACAUGCAUGGUUAAGAGGACCUGACCCUGACCUCCUGCUCUAUGACCAUCUCCUCUUGGACCAUGGAAAAAGCAUUUCUGCCCCUGACCAUAGAGGCUGAUCCCAAGCCCUUUAAUCAACAACUCCCAGAGCCUCCAGACCCAAGAUGUAUCUUGAAAUCCCAGGACAAGCCUGAACUGGCACCUGCCCUGGUGUGUGCCCUUUGCUGCUGCUUUGGAAUCAUCUACUGCUGCUUUGGCUACCGCUGCUUCAAGGCAGUGAUGUUUCUGUCCGGCCUGCUGUCAGGAGCUCUGGUGAUCUUCCUGCUGUGCCACAAGGAGCGGGUGCUAGAGACACAGCUGAGCCUGGAGGUGAGCGCAGGCAUCGCACUGGGAAUCGGACUCCUCUGCGGCUUGGUCACCAUGCUGGUUCGCAGCGUUGGGCUCUUCCUGACUGGUCUCCUGCUAGGUCUGACCCUGGGCGCUGGGGCCCUGCUGGCCACUGAACCCAUCUACCAACCACCUUCAGCUUGGGUACCAGCCGGAGGGCUGGUGGGCCUGGCACUCCUGGGAGCCCUGCUGACUCUUCGAUGGCCUCGUCAUUUCACAAUUUUGGGCACAGCCCUUCUGGGUGCUGCAGUGCUAGUGGCCUGUGCUGACUAUUUCCUGGAGGGACUGGCAUUGGGCAGUCGGCUGGGCCAACGCCUGCAGGCACUUACAGCUUUGCCUCCUCUCUGCUGGUAUAGCUGGGUCUUACUGGGGACCUGGCCAGCCUUGGGGGCUCUUGGGGCCCUGGCACAAUGGAAGCUCAUGUCUGAGGAACGUGGAGGCCACACCAAUGUGGUUUUGAGUCACCAGCAAAGGCAUCUCCAGCUUCUCCGGAUCCAUUCACAAGAGGCCAAGUGGCAUCGGACCCCCUCUGGGGUGGGACUCUGUGAGGGCAGCUAUCGGCGCCAGCUCCCCCCCAGUGCCCGGAGCCCUGCUGACAGCCUGGCUCCAAGUUAUCUCCAGAGUCUUCAAGAGCGCCAGCUGGGACCAAGUACCCUGGCCACAGCCCCCAAUACCAUCCUGGACCUGGAUUCUGACUGUGGUUCCACUGUACCCCUCACUAUACCCUCUGAUUCAACUCAGACUUGAGCCUCAUCUACUGGCAUCCCACCCUAAUGAGGGUCCACAGCACCCAUACACAAACUUCUCCACCUCUGGAUUUGGGGAUAGGACCUGUUCUCCAAACCCAUCUUGUAGAUAUGUUUCAGGGUCAGGAAGAAAAGAAUCUUGUGUGGAGGGGAGAGGACUAAAAGUAUGAUCACCUUACCGCUGCCCGGUAAUAGAGGCGACCUGAUCCCUAGAGAAACUGACUCCCUAAUUCUCUCCAAAGCAAGAAAGUAUUUACCCAAGUAAAUAUCCAUCUCAGCGUACCCACAGUGCCCAAGGUGGCAAAUAAGGGGCUGUGUUUUUGUAGGGCCUAUGGGAAAUCAAGGAGCUUCCUAACACAUUUGAUAGCUAUUGAUGAACAGAAUAACACAAAAGAGUUUCGGAAUUCCCCAGGCUCCUCGUUAACAAGUAAUUGGGUUGAUGGUUAGCCUUUGCUCUUGUGCCCCAUAGGCUUGAGCCCCCUUUUCCUACCUCAGGGGAGAACUCUAAUCUCCAUGGUGCUUCCCCCUCUCUCCUCAACCUGGGGAGCACCCCAGCACCUGCCUCAGCGCCCACCUUUCCAAAAGCUGGCUUCUUGCCCCAAGACAGCAUUGGCCACAUAUCAGAGUCUUGCCCCUUUGCCCAAAGGAAUCUGGUCUCUAGGGCUGCAAGGAAGAAAAGUGCCUUCUCUGCCUGUCUCUGUGGGUGAUACAACUCUCUCCUUAACCAAAAUUUCAUUUCAGCCACUAAUCCCUUCUAACUGCCCUCUCAGUGUGCUUGCUUCAGCAGCACAUAUAUUAACUACCCCCUCAGCUCUCCUGCCCCACAGUCUGGCCCCUGGUUCCCCAGACAGCAUGAAGGAAAACAUAUCUCUCCUCUGGGCAGCAGGGCUAUGAUGGGAGGGAGGAAGAACAAAGGACCAUGUAAAUAAAAUAGCAUUGAAAAUUGAA